AAAAACAUACUCAAUCACUUGAACGCUUUACAAUAAUGUCGUUUUCGCCACUGUUUUGAAAGAACCGAAGAAACACUGAUUGUGUUACGUUGCUAAUGUCCACAAUUGCUCUAGAAAUGGACAGAGAUAACCACGGCAAAUUCACUUCAGGAAACAAUGUCAGUGAACUGGACAAUAACCAUGUGCACCAUGACCAUGCAUACACUAAAUAUGAUUAUCCAACUGAUAAUUAUGUAACGGAUGAUGAUGAACAAGAUGAUGAUGAUGAUGAUUAUUCUGAUGAAAAUGCCCUUAUUUAUUGUGGAAUUGGAGAAACUACAAUCAACAAAAUUCUUGCUGCUCUAAAUAUUCCCAAGAUUUCUGCAACAACUUUAAAAAGGAGAGAGAGAGAAGCAGGAACAGCUUUAGAAUCUGUGGCGGAGACUACAUGUGAUGAAGCCUUACAAAAAGAGCAACAUAGAACCGAUCAAAAUGGUGAAGACAUAGAAAAAUCUGUUUCAUAUGAUGCAGGAUGGCAAACACGUGGGAGUGGUAGAAAUUAUGCAAGUCUCUCUGGACAUGGAUCUAUGAUAGGAGGAGAAACAGGAAAAGUUGUUGCUUAUGCAGUUAGGUGCAAGCAGUGUCGCUUUUGUGAUGUUGCUGCUAGAACAAAUACCGAAGUAACAGAACAUGAUUGUAGAAAGAAUUGGUCGUCAUCAUCCAAGGCAAUGGAAGCUGACAUGGCGGUAACUAUGCUGCAAGACCUAGAUAAGAAGGGCUACCAUGUUGACAACAUAGUGAUGGAUAACGAUACAACUACACAUGCUAAAGCAAAGACAUUAUUUGAUCCAUUUCUCAAGGAAUGUUCAGAUUUCAAUCACACAAAGAAAAACUUCACUAGUAAGCUUUAUGAACUGAAAAAGGAGAAAAAAUACACCCUCUUGGGCCCAAAGACAAUCAAACAUUUAAGUAAAUGUUUUGCAUAUGCUGUUAAAUCAAAUACAGACAAUCCUGAGAGUUUAAAAUCUGGACUAAAAGCUAUACCAUCUCAUGUGUUUGGUGACCAUCAACUGAGCCUCUUUUAGAUAUACUGUCACAGUAUAUGAUUACAAAAAUUGCCUAGUCAGGACUCUCAUAUAACCACUUGAAACUUGCUUUUGAAAGGGGAGGAUCAGAAGGUCUUGAAAAUGUAUUAAAAGAAAAAAAUUCAUUUAAUGUUGUAAGAGUGACAAAAAACAAGGCUAUCGUGAACAAAAUUAUUGAUCAUUUUUCUCCCUAAAUUAUAUUUAUUGGUAAAUUGUAUAAAACCUGUUUACAUCAAAUAUUUUGUUUUCAUCAAUUUUUCACAAUAUAUUAACUUUUCGUUGUAUGCACAAAAAAGUAUACAAACAAAGCAUAAUCAAGUGCAUAUUUGACUCAAACUCCAUGCUUGUUGGUAAUAUGUUUUGAAUUUUUGUUUUUUGAAUAUAGUUUCUGGUGUGUUUGUGCCAAAACAUCAGAUUAUUUGUAUCAUAUUUAUUGUACUUUUGCUAAGAUCAUCAAUGUAUAUUGUUUGUCUAUUUUGAAACAUUAUAGUUAAUUGUUAUAAAUCAUUGUUUAUUUCAUUUGGGAACAAAAAGUUAUGGUUUGGAAAGUGCACUGGCUAAAACUGCCAUAUGAAAAAAAGUUCCUGUUUAAUCAAGAAAGAUAACUCUCAAAAGGAAAUUUCAAUGUCAUAAUUGUUCAAUUUUGAAAAUAUCUAAUUCAUUAUUCAUUUAUCAUUCAAUUUAACAGUGUUCAUUAAUAGUAUGAUAUUUGUAGAAUAUGUUACAGACAAAAUUAUACAUAUUUGACCGUCAGUUUGGGAGAAAUUCCCGUUUUUGAUGUUUUUGUGUUAUUUUGUUGAAAAAAGAAAUAGUUCCAAAUACAAUUUUGAAACUUUUUUUACUUGUCCUUAUUUGUUACGUGAACAUGCAUA